GUAUUCAAACGAGUGCUCUCGUGCACUGUCCUAUCGAACUGUUCCCCGCAAACUCAAAGGAAACAAUGAACAAGAUGACUAAUUAAUUUCAAUGAAGCCUGUGUUAUACAAACUAAUUGCAAAAUUAAAUUACAUCACGAUUGUACCAAGAAUCAAUGGAACCAUAGCAAUCUGAAAUGUUCGCCAGCAUCCACAACCACAAGUAUUUCAAAUGACGGACUCCCUUCAAAACCAAACUCCCUCGCAACGGAAACUACAGGUCCAUUCAUUACCCUGCAACAUAUUCAAUCACAUGUUCAAAGUCCUGCCCCAAAACCCACUGAAGAUAAACUACUGGAAUAGAUAGCUGGUAAACUGAAGCAGUAAAUCACACAAACCUUCCAGCCGGAAUGUGUACUCAGCAGCUACAAUAGCUAUGAAUUCAACAAGUUCCCAUUGGGUUGGGCUAUGGGCGGGUAUUAACGGGUAACUCGUGGAUACCCGUUAAAGAAUUUCUUGAUCUCAAGUUUCAUCGCGUAAAAAAAUUACGAGUAUUUAAGUACCCGUAAUUUUCAAAAAAUGGGAUAGGUAUGAGUAAAUCCAAAUACCCGUUUCCCAUUGUCCACUCGGGGAAUGGAGGACCGAGGGGAUAAAUUCCUUCGGCGAUACCCGACUAGUUCGGCAAAACCAAUUUAACAGAGAGAAACGCCUAUCUUACCAAUCUGCUAUGGGCUGGGCUCCGCAAAUCCAACAACUUUCCCCGGCCCAAAAGAGUUGGUAAGUCACUGGGAGAAACGGCAAAUUAAUCCGACAACCCCACCAGUAGUGGGGGGCAAAACGUAGUGAUGGCAAUUUCAACCCACCCUGCGGGUAUUACCCGACCUGACCCGCGAUGGGACGGGUAUUACCCGACCCGCAGUAGCGUGGGGCGGGGUAUGGCUAUCUACUUCCGCCCCGUCCUGCCCUGCCCCGCCCCGUUCUAGACUUAUUUUAUCUCAAUUUCUUACAAUUUCUAUACAUAUUUCUCCUAUUUUGACUUUUUUUCAACUAGUUAGAGUCGUUCUUUCAACUUGUUAGACUCAAUUACACAUUCUAUUAUCACUAUUUUUCAUUCUUAAAGUGUUUUACCUUUCGUUUUAUUGUAAAAAGUAAAAUUUAUUUGUAUUUUUUCGAAUAACAUGUAAAAAUGGAUCGACCCGCGCCUCCCUAUAACCGCACGGGUUUUACCCGCCCCGUUGUAACGUGGGGCGGGUCAUAGGAAUUGAGGUACCCGCCCGGCCAUUGCCAUCACUAGCAAAACGUCAACGACGCUUUUUGGGCACGAAAACAGACCGCGUCUCUGCAGCCAAUGAGGAUACGUUGCUGAAGUCACCAGCCCAAUAAGAAACCUCCACGUGGGCACAUCGACGUUGCUUCGCGGUUGAAAUCCCCCGAGAAAAUACUUCGCCGUUUGGUCGUUGAAGGUGUAGUAUCAUUUUUGCCCCGAUAGUUCACCCUUCUCAGACCUUCGAUCUGCGGUAUACUCCUACCAUUGCCACUUGCUCAGUCCCCUUCGAUAUUCUCGUAGCAGAAGAUCGCCGAGGAAUCGAAGAGAGAGGAUCACCGGAUCUUCGGUGACCGGCGGCGGCAGAAUGGAGGCACACAGCGCCGGGCUCCGCCGCGUGAUUCUGUUGGCGUUCUGCAUCGCCGGGAUCUGGGCGGCUUAUAUAUACCAAGGAGUUGUUCAGGAGACUCUGUCGACCAAGCGCUUUGGUCCUGAUGGGGAGCGGUUUGAGCAUCUGGCGUUUCUUAAUCUGGCACAGAGUGUCGUCUGCUUGAUUUGGUCCUUCAUGAUGAUAAAGAUGUGGUCUAGAAGCAGCGGUGGUGGUGCGCCCUGGUGGUCAUACUGGAGCGCUGGCAUUACUAAUACGAUUGGGCCAGCUAUGGGAAUUGAAGCCUUGAAGUACAUCAGUUAUCCAGCUCAGGUUCUUGCAAAAUCAUCGAAAAUGAUUCCAGUUAUGUUGAUGGGGAGUCUAGUAUAUGGCAUAAGAUACACACUUCCAGAGUACUUGUGUACUUUCCUCGUUGCAGGAGGUGUAUCUACCUUUGCACUUUUGAAGACUAGCUCAAAAACCAUUAGCAAGCUAGCUCAUCCAAAUGCACCUCUUGGGUAUGGACUUUGCUUCUUGAACCUUGCAUUUGAUGGAUUCACAAAUGCUACGCAGGAUUCACUUACAGCAAGGUAUCCGAAGACCACGGCAUGGGACAUAAUGUUGGGGAUGAACUUGUGGGGUACCAUUUACAACAUUGUCUACAUGUUUGGUUGGCCAUACGGCAUGGGGUAUGAUGCAGUGCAGUUCUGUAAGCAGCAUCCAGAGGCAGCAUGGGACAUCUUGUACUACUGCCUGUGUGGUGCAGUGGGCCAGAACUUCAUAUUCCUAACGAUAAGCCGAUUCGGAUCACUCGCGAACACCACCAUCACAACUACUCGCAAGUUCGUCAGCAUCGUGGUUUCUUCCGUACUAAGUGGCAACCCUCUUUCGACGAAGCAAUGGGGGUCGGUGGCCAUGGUCUUCUCUGGUCUAUCGUAUCAGAUCUUUCUCAAGUGGAGGAAGUUGCAGAAAGUGCAGAAGAAGAGAAAGAACAAUUGAUGCCAUUAGAAUUCUACAGUUUUGGAGAUCUACCUUCUUCUCUUCAAUUUUUCUUUUGUAACUUUGUUCUCACUGCCCUGUUAUAUUGUCAGUGUAGCUUCCAGGUUGGUAUGAAAUGUAGAACCACAACUAGAUUACUGCCAAGUGUAACUGAAAUUGAAUACACUUCAUUGAUAUAGAGAAUUGAAGUAACUCUGUUCUGGUAGCCUGUUCGUAGUGGUUUUAAUAUAUGGGGAAGAAGAUGCUUUUCACCAUCUGCAGUUAAAAAAGGCUGUAGAAAGAAACCCUGGCUACCACUUCUCUUUUUGCCUUUUUGUUAUUGUCAUCAUAAAUUUGCUAUGGUGGAGACGUUUUUAACUUCAAAGAGCCACCGAAUUGCCAAUAGGCCACUAAUCAUUUCAACUACAUGUCUGGUAAAUAAGAGCAGAAUUUCAGACUGUCAGUACAAUGGAUCGUGAUUCAACCGCAGAUCAGGGCUAGCAAUUGCCAGAAAUGACCAGAUCGUACCAAAUAUACCACUGGACCAAAUCCUUAUUCGCACGACGUGUUUAUUUAUUGAUUGAUCUUGCAGCCAAGUAGGAUAUAUCAUAAGUGAAAACAUGUAUGAAGUGCGUUAUGGAUAUGGGCCAGUGAAUUGGAAGGGGUGACCAGGAAGGAUAUUGCUUGGUGGUUCAGAUAUCACAUCCUGUAAUAUAUAUGAUCAAGACUGAAGACGGUCAAAAGGGUAAACCUCAAGAAAGGAGAAGCCAAUCAAUGAGUAAACGCUUUAAUUUGUAUGCGGUUCCCUCUCUUUCUUUGCUUUUAGCUUUGAACAAUAUGAUUACACUUGUCCUCCACCAUCACCCACCACUACUACAAACCCUUCCUAAACAACAGAAUCCACAAGGACCCUCUCUUCACUUCUCCCCCACAGGACUUUCCCAUAGAAGCAAAGCUCAGGAAUAAUGCAGAGAGAUGGAUGGAGGAGCAGAGAUUCUGGCCAAACUGUUCUUCUGCUUUUUUAGUGGCCAAAUCCCAUCUCUGAAGCACAAGUGAAGCUAGCCCUUUCUCUUCCCUUCUUAUUUACUUCUUACUUUCCUCUCUUCCUUUUACAGUGAAAAAGCAGAAGGAAAAGAUUCUGGUUUCAUGGGACACUGGAGAGAAAGGACAUGGAGGAAUGACCUCAAGUCAGGUAAAUGCGAUGUAACCAACUUACAUUCGAAUUUUUCUUGUUUCUGAAGAGAGCUCUGUUGCAGUCUGAAUCUUCUUCCUCAUCCGAGUUUGAUUGCAGUAAAGAUAAAAACUUGUAAUAGAAUUGAUGAAGAGAGAUAAAAUAUGCACACCAAAACCAGGAAGACAUUUCCAUUUUCAAAUCCCACCAAGGUUCUAUUCUGGUACAUCAGAAUUCAGGUAAAGGAAGACCAACUAAAAAAAGAAAACAUGGGAAAAAUAACUUAUUCUAUACCCUAUGCACACCAAAAACUAAAAAAAUAGGAAUCCA